ACGUUGAAAAACUCAAUCAGUUUAAUCUAAAUUAAACAUAAUGGAUUCGUGUUUGAUUGUACUUCUUGUAGUCAUUACUCUAUGGGCACACAUUGUUCCUUCCGGAGGAUCCAACAAGAAGGGCGUCUCCGCGUGGGCGGGUGACUUCCGGUGUGAUGACUGGAAGGUCCUUAACAACAUGACGUGGUGGUAUGACUGGAAAAGUGACCUGUCCACAUACGACGCCAAGGUAACAAAUCUGUGUCCACCUUCAAACCAUCAUAUGCCAGAAUUCGUUGCCAUGGCAUAUAGAUCAAAGACAACCGCAUACACUUAAACUUCACCACCGAGGCAAAGUAUAUCCUCGGCUUUAAUGAACCUGACAUGGCCGUCCAAACAAACAAGACGCCGGUGGAGGUCGCGGCCUUGUGGCCGGACAUUGAAAGAAACUCAAACGGUCGCCCACUCGUCAGCCCAGCUCCUGCCCAUCAUGACUUUAAAUGGCUCGACGAAUUCUUCCGUCUUUGUAACAACUGCCGUGUUGACUAUAUAGCCGCGCAUGCGUACAACUGCGACGCAAACCACAUAAUGACCUACUUACAGCGCAUGCACAAUCGGUACCACAAGAAGAUUUGGUUGACCGAGUUUGCCUGUCCUUAUUCAACCCACCCUAAUGAUCAUCUCCACCUCAUGCAGACGCUGUUACCUAAACUGGAGGCCGCAGAUUAUGUUUUCCGGUACUCGUGGUUCAUGGCGCGGAUGGUGCGGAUAUUUGACGGCGGGUUCAUGCACCCCUCUGCUGCGCUUCUUCACAAUGGGUCAUCCACGUUGACCAGGCUCGGUCAUUUUUACAACGAUUUUCAGCCAGGUGACCACGCAACAAGCAUCGUUGGAUGAUUUGGUUUUGGUUAUGAUGUAUUAUAAGAUAUUCUCAUAAUAAAACAG